AUGGCCCCCACCAAGGACCAGUCCGUCUCCUUCGACGCCAUCAUCCAACGCGGCCGUGACCAGCAGAAGAGAGAGGCUCUCGCGAACGAGAUAUUGGGCUCCGGUCGCAGGAAGAGCGCUCCGGGCGCCGCUGCUCUGAACAACAACUACAACAACCGCAAGGCCGCUCCCGCCGCUGGAGGCAGUUUGGCUAGCCGCAUGGGCGUGACAAAGCGCUCUUCUGCCAUCCCGAAGCCAAACAUCAACAACACUCGCUGGGGCCAUGACCUCCACCAUAUGAACAACCCACGCGCACCCCGUUUCGCUCAGCUCCCUCGCACCCAGUCUGCCUCACGCCUCGAGCGCGGUAAUCGCCUGUACCAGGAGCUCCGCCAGGACCCGCCAUCCAAUGGCUCGCACAACCCGACCAGCCAGACCAAGGGCGCACCUGGCAUCAACAUUCGUGGCGCCGCCCAGCCCACCGGCUGGACUGUUGUCGCAAGCAACUUCGCACCUGGCACCACUGCUGCGGACAUUGAGGCUGUCAUGACUCCCAUUGGUGGAGAGAUGCUGGGAUGCAGGCUUACCAGUUCUCAUCCUACUGUCAUUGCUGAGAUGCAAUUUGCUGAGAAGAGCGGUGCUGAUAACGUUAUCACCAUGUUCAACAACCGCAAGGCUGAUGGCAGGCUCCUCUACGUCUUUAUGAAGGAGAGCGGCCCUAGCCCCGUCAUGCCGGGCCAGCGUUCCGGACACCAACCUCCAAAGGCCGCUGAAGACCGUGAUGGCAUGGAGGUUGACAGAGAUGUCUUUGAUAGGAGGGAGCCUGAUAGGUCCACCAGGCGCGCGGAGCCUGAAUAUCAGGAGGGUAGGUACGGCUUCCCAGAGAACGGUAGCCGUGACAAUUCCAGGCGUGAUGAUCGCUGGGACAACCGCAGGAGUGAAGGUCGCCUGUACUCUGACAACAUGAGACGCAACGAUCGCGGCUACCGCCGCUGA